AUCAGCUCCAGCAGCUCCGGUGGUUCUGCUGGCUGAGCUUCGUGGUGCCGUUUAAAAGAGAGCUGGAGGUAUGGAGGCCCAUCAGUGACACAUGGAGGGAGGAGGAGACCAGACCUGGAAGAAGUGUGAAGAUACAGCAAAAUGUACGUCACUUUGGACAAAACCGUCUGCUAAAUGAAAUAGUAGAACUGUAGAACCAGCAGGCACAGAUGUCUUCAGGUGAACACAGAACAUCAGCUCUCUUGUGAAGAUGACCAGAAAGUGUGAAACUACAGAGAGAACAUCAUCAGAACAUCAGACGAUGGUGUGGCAUUAAUCACCCUCCAUACGGACCUGGACUCCGUCCUCUGAUGCUGCUGCUGCCAUGGCGACUAUCUGCUUUAUGAAUUCAUGGAAAUUACUGCUGCUCCACUUUCUCAGAGCAGCUUGCUGCAACCACAGCGCCACCAUGUGUCUGACUGGUGAACUGCGAGGAUUUCAGUUUUGCAGAUUGUCAGCAGGAAGAACUGUGUUUAUCUUUUUUUAUCGUAUGAGUGAAAGUGUCAGAAUUAAUUAACUCUGAUCCUCAACAUAGAAAACUGUCAUAUUUCACUGUAAACAUAAAACAUGAAACAUAACAUUCUAAAAAUUCGAAUCAUAAUAUUGUAGAGCAAGAAAUGACCCAAGCUUCGCCACAACUCAUGUCUGCUCUGUCAUUUCCAGGAAAGAAAAGCCCCCUGCUAAUUACAAUAGCAGGCCGUCAGUUACGGUGCAUAAGACAGACGUGUCUGCGGAUGCAGCCACAACAGGGAAAAACGUGACUGAAGAUAAAAGCAGGCAAUGUCCUGUUCAUCACAAGCCACAACCCCUGAGGAGAUGCAGAGGUUUCAGAGCUAUGCUAUUUGAUGACAGAAAGGAGUUCAUUAAAGAGAAUAAGAUCUGCUAUCGUUGCCUUGCAUCCAUCAGGCAAAAGACUGUAAUAUUGGUUGUUUUAAUAAAAAGCACAACCUUCAAUCAAUUUUAAGUUUUUAAUGGCUUUUUUAGGAUUUGCUUAGUAUUUUGGCUGACUGUAUUAAAUGAAAUUGCACUUGAAGACCUAAGAGUGAUUCUUAUGCAAUAUUUCACAAAUGCAUGGGGUGUGCAAAAACGUUUUUCCACCACUGUAAAAUACAACCUCAAAUAUUUAAAUAUAAUAACAAAAUUUUUAAAAUGUGAAACUACAGUAUAUUUUUUGACAUCAUCAUGAUCAAAAGAAAAAUAAGAGUAACAGAAUAAUAAAACUAAACAAAGAUAACAAACAUGAAAUAAAAAAAUUAUCAGUAAAAUGUAAAUUUAUUUUGAAUGUGUAUAGAAGCAUACAACAAAAAUAAUAAUAUGCUGAAAGAAUAAAUUAGAUGAUCAAACUUUUAAAAAAUAAAACUAUUUAAAAAGCUUAAAAUCAUUAAGCUUUAAAAGUAGAUAAACUAAUACAUGUUUAAGUUCUAAAUGCUAAAUAGAAGGCAGGUUACAGUUGGAGCUUCUGGAAGCUUCAACUGAUGUUUCUCUGGUCUCCAGGUGACAUAAAAACAGCUGAGCAGGUGUGAAAGUUUUCAGAAAUCAGACAUGAAGAGUGAAGCGAAGAAGAGACACCUGGAGAGAAGUGACAUCAUAGUCCAGGUGGAGAGGGGCGGAGUCACGGAGGCUGUCACAGGAGUCCUGAACAGGUCAGCAGUACGCUCUCGCAGCAGGAAGUUCAGAGGUCACCUGAUCGAAGCGGGGCGGAGCCUGUUGGCGUUCGUGUUGGGGCUGCUGCUGGCGUCUGUGUACGGACUCCUGGGUCUCCUCCUGCAGAAACAGUCGCUGUGGUUCUGUGUCCAAACCACGCUGGUGGUGGGCGGCCUGGCAGCGUUCGGUAUGGGACUGUCGGCCGGAGUCCGGGCCGACGUGUCGGUGAUGCUGCCCACACUGUGCUCAGCUCGUGGCAGGAACCUGGUUCUCCUGCUGUAUGUGUCGGUUCUGCUGUCCGGUCCGUUGGCCAACACGCUGGAGAACACUGAACGAGCCGCCUCCAGUCUGCUGUGUGGAGCCGAACUAGCAGCCAAUCAAACGCAGGAGCUGAUGCAGCGAGCAGCCACGCCCCUCUUCUCUGCGUUGAAUGAAAUAAAAGAAAUCAGCAGGAACGCUUAUGCUGUCGCAGGACGAGUCCAGAACCUGAUCUUCGCCCUCACAGACGGUGUCCGUCAUGUUGCUCGCACUCUGAGGAACGUCCUGCACUUCGUGGUUGACAUCGGAGACGUCUGCAACGCCCAGCUGAGCUCCCCGUACAGGAAAUGUCGGUCGCUAUUCGCCGAGGCUCGCAGCGACUGCUCCGACCUGCUGGGCGACUUCGACUUCCUGUGUGGCAUCGUGGACGCCUUCCUGCCACUGUGCAGCGUCGCCCGCGUCGGUGAGCUGUUCUGCAUCAUCCCCUCCUACAUUGCAGAACACCUGAAGGAACGUCUCGCAGAUCCGAUCAUUGCAGCGUUUCAGAAACUGAAGCGGGAGUUUGAGUUCAACCUCACAGCGUCGGUGAACUUGGACGUGGAUGCAAACAGCAGCCGCUCGCUGCAGCAGGUGUCUCAGGACAUCUUGAAGGAGCUUUCAGCAGAUCUGCAGGUGUUUGAGAAGCUGAGCGAGCCGCUGACCUACCUGAGCCUGGUGCUGCUUGCCUGGUCCUUCCUCAGGGCGGUGCGCUACAGACGCAGAUAUCUCAGUGACAUCAGCUUCGAUAACAAAUACAUCACCGCUCAGUUUGAAGAGUUCAACCAACAUGUGACCUUGAGGGGCGGAGCCUCAGUCUUGCCAAUCACAUGCAGAGAAGCCAAGAUCUACAUCACACCCUUUUCGCUCCAGCUGACAGCCAGAGAGCGCCGCACGGUGCUGGUGGGCGUGUCCUCUGUCCUCAGACACCUGCUGAUUGGCUGCCUGCUGGUGGGGCUGGACUUCCUGGUGUUCUGGAUCCUGGACCAGGUGAACCACCAGGUGAAGGGGGACAUCGUGGCCAGAGCCCCGGUGUCAGUGGAAGUCCAGGUGAACGGAUCAGGUUACGCCUCAGACAUCUUCAGAGACCUGCUGGCUUCUUUCAACGUCCUGCAGGGAGGAAACAUCACAGUGGUCAGCAGGAAGUGUCUGCUGCAGCCGUCAGAGCCCGACACCACGGCAAGCUUCAUCCUCGGGUUCCUGCUGGGUCUGGCUCUGCUCAUCUCUCUGACCGGAGGAUUUAUGCAGCGCUGCAGAAGAAUCAUCUGUGCUUCAUUUCAUCCAGAGAGAGAACUGGAGAGGAUCCAGUUCCUCCACCAGCACAUCCUGGACCAGAGGAGGUCGGUGGGCGAGGCUCUGAGGAUGUCAGUGAGCAGAGUUCUGAGGAGGUCGAGGAUCAGAGCCGACCAAGGAGGAGGAAGGAAUCUCAUUCAGUCUCUGCUCAUUCGGUUACCUGGAGGAGCUCGCCUGUCUCACCUGCUGUCACCACCCCUCACCUGUCUGUCCUGUGGCGAGCAGGUGAAGCCGGAUGACGACAACACGAUCACCUGUGACGUCCCACAGUGUUCAGGUCUGUACUGUCAGCCAUGUUUCCUCAGUUUGGGCAACACGUGUGUCGUCUGCACCCGACCUGUGACCUUCCAGGAGGACGAGGAGGAGCGAGACUCUGAUGAUGAUGAACAGUCAUGUUCUGCUGCUCUGAACUCAACACACAGUAGGAGGACGGUGUCCACGGCAACACGCCAAACAAACAGAGCAGUCAGCAGAACAGACGGAGUCUCUGAGCUCAGUGAAGCAGACAUGAGGUACCAGGACCGACCCGGGUCUGACGAGUCUGAUGAGUCCGACAGCGACGACUCCUUUCUCUCUGUCACCUCGCAAGGAACCUCCUUCCUCCAGGACCAAGCCCUCGCUACAGUCCAGAUACACACACCUCAAAACCUCCAGGAGCCUCCAGGAGCUUCCAGGAGCUUCCAGGAGCCUCCAGGCCCCUGAAGAACCCUGAAGUAGUUGAUGAUCCACUUUGUGAUUAAAGUUAUUGGAGCAGGUGUAGUAUCUGAUCUGAGACAUGUAUUAUUUAAUAAGUUAGUAGAAUGGAAUCUGUUUUGUCUGUUUUAGUAUCUGACCAGCAAUUUGUGGGAAACAUAUCUUUCAUCUUUCCCUACGUAAACAGGUAGUCUCUGACAUGAGAUAUGUUUUUCUGGUUUGGUUUUGGGAAUGUUUAUGCUGAACAGGCUUUUGUGCCUGGGGAUUGUGCAAAGUGAUGGAUGGGCCCUAUAGAAUUCAGGGGUCUGGUCGAAGGGGAGUAUCCUGUAGCCUGUUUUUACCAAGUUUUCUAACAAAGACCAUAGGUUGUAACUCCAUCCUUUACCGGAGGGUAUAAAAUGACCACCAGCCCUUUGUUCAAGAGGGAAAUUCAUAUUGGCUGGGGAAACUCUCCACAGGCAGACCACAACUAAGUAUGAAAAUAAAUGUUACUGUAGUUUAAUGUCCAGCACUAUGAAAGAAGUCCACAAUUGCUUGAAGCUUGUUCAGACCUCAGAUGUGUUUUUCAUCCUAAUAUGUGUCUGUCUGCUGUACUGAUGAAGUUCUGAGCCUCACCUAUGAUGGAAACAGAAAUGAACAAAAGUGAUAAAUCUGAAACCAUCUCUAUAUUCUUCAAGGGCCUGGAACUCUGUAAAUAUUCAUAGUAUGAAGGUAAAACUUUGAUCAUUAAUAAAGUUACUCUAGAUGAAGAGAA